AUGGCGGAUUCUAAACCUGUUUUCUUCUUCGAUAUUGACAAUUGCCUCUACCCCAGGGGCAGUAAUAUUCAUGAUGAGAUGCAGAAACUGAUACACCAAUUCUUCGUCCGUCACCUCUCCCUCAAUGCUGACGAUGCCCACCUGCUGCAUACGAAGUAUUAUAAGGAGUAUGGCCUCGCCAUUGAAGGGCUUACACGUCACCAUAAGAUCGAUCCACUAGAGUUCAACCGCCAAGUCGACGAUGCUUUGCCGCUCGAUCAGAUCCUGAAGCCAGACCCGAAACUGCGCAAGUUGCUAGAGGACAUUGACCGGGACAAAGUGAAGAUGUGGCUCUUGACCAAUGCAUAUGUUACUCAUGCGAAUAGGGUAGUGAAAUUACUAGGGGUCGAAGAUCUUUUUGAGGGAAUCACCUACUGUGACUACGGUCAGACACCGCUCGUUUGCAAACCCACGCAGGCCAUGUACGAGAAGGCGGAGAAAGAGGCGGGUGCCCCGAGCACAGAGCAGUGCUAUUUUGUCGACGACUCCGGGUUGAAUUGCAAGCACGCUGCGGAUCGUGGUUGGCAAACGGUCCAUCUAGUAGAACAUGGCCUUCCUAUGCCCGAAGCCCCCGUCUCGCAGUUCCUGAUACGUGAUCUUGAGGAGCUGAGAACGUGCUUCCCGCAUUUGUUCAAGAGUUAA